AAUGGAUGGUCCAUCACAGAGUCCUGCAGCAGGCAUCUUGCUGAAGUCUUCAAGAAAAACCAGAGAUUGGAAGUAUUACAGUUGUCCCUUGAAGACACGGAUGACAGAGCAGCCAAAUUGCUGUGUGAGGGGCUUCAACAUGCAGACUGUAAAGCUUGCAGGAAAGACCAUCAAUGAAUCCAGUAGCAGGCAUCUUGCAGAAGUACUCAGUAAAAAACAGAGAUUGACAAUAUUGAACUUGUCCCUCAGGAACCCAGAUGACAAACCAAUGGAGAUGCUGUGUAGAGGACUCAAACAUCCAGACUGUACAAUAGAGACUCUAGA